UCUGUAUCUUCUCUAUCAGUCAUGGCUUCCUCCAGCAGUUUCCUGUCUGAAGAUCAGCUCCAGUGCUGCAUCUGUCUGGAUGUGUUCACUGAUCCAGUCUCUACUCCAUGUGGACACAACUUCUGCAUGAACUGUAUCAAAGAGUGCUGGGACACCAGUUCACACUGCCAGUGUCCAGUAUGUAAGAUGGAUUUUCCCAAAAGACCUGAACUACAUGUUAACACCUUCAUCUCUGGACUGGCUGCUCAGUUUAGGAAGCCAGUUCAGGUCAAAUCAAGCAGCACUGCAAGAGAACCUACUAAAUCACUGGUGUUCUGUGAGGUCUGCAGUGAGAAGAAACGUGAAGCUCUGAAGUCCUGUCUGAUCUGUAUGGUCUCUUACUGCAAGACUCACCUGGAACCUCAUGAGAAAGUUUCUUCAUUCAGGAAACACAAACUAAUAGAUCCUGUGGAGAACCUGGAGGAUUAUAUCUGUCAGAAACAUGAGAGACCUCUGGAGAUGUUCUGUAGAGACGACCAGAUGUGUGUGUGUCAGUUCUGCACUGAAACAGAACACAAGAACCACAACACAGUUCCUAUAGAGGAGGAGAGUGCAGAGAAGAAGACUCAGCUGGGAGCAACAAAAGCAGAAGUUGAGCAGAUGAUCCAGGACCGACUGAAGAAGAUCAAAGAAAUCAAACAUUCUACAGAACUAAAUAAAAAAAACACAGAGAAGGAGAAAGCUGACAGCAUGGAGAUCUUUAGAGCUCUGAUACGCAGCAUUGAGAGAAACCAGGCUGAGAUGCUGAAGGUGAUGGAAGAGAAGCAGAGAGCAGCAGAGCGUCAGGCUGAAGAGUUCAUUAAAGAUCUGGAGCAGGAAAUCACUGAGCUAAAGAGGAGAAACACUGAGCUGGAGCAGAUCUCCAACACUGAGGAUCAUCUCCACCUCAUACAGAUUUACUCGUCCCUGUGCAGACCUCUACCCACCAACAACUGGACUGACGUCAGUAUUCAGCCUGAUCUGAAUGUGGAGACUCUGAGGAGAGCUCUGUCUCAGCUUCAGGAAUGUGUUGAUGAAGAAAUGAAGAAGGUUGUCAGUAUGGAACUGAAGAGAAUUCAACAAUAUGCAGUGGACGUGAUUCUGGAUCCUGAUACAGCAAAUUCUUACCUGAUCCUGUCUGAUGAUGGAAAACAAGUUAGUGAUGGAGACACAGAACAGAAUCUUCCUGAUAAUCCAGAGAGAUUUGAUUACUGUGCCUGUGUGCUGGGAAAGGAGGGAUUCUCCUCAGGGAGAUUUUACUAUGAGGUUCAGGUUAAAGGGAAGUCUAAGUGGUAUUUAGGAGUGACCAGAGAGUCCAGUAACAGGAAGGGGAAGAUUACACUCAGUCCUGAUGAUGGAGAUUGGUCUGUGUGUCUGAGAAAUCAAACUGAAUAUGAGGCUCUCGAUUCCCCUCGUGUCCUCCUCUCACUGAAACAGGCUCCUCAGAAGGUGGGGGUGUUUGUGGAUUAUGAGGAAGGUUUGGUCUCCUUCUAUGAUGUUGAGAAUGAGUCUCAUAUCUACUCUUUCACUGGUCAGUCUUUCACUGAGAAGCUCUAUCCAUACUUCAGUCCCUGUUCCAAUGAUGGAGGUAAAAAUUCAGCACCACUGAUCAUCUGCCCUGUUAGUCAAGUUCAAACCUAAUUAGUGAAUGCAAUGCAAUGUGCAACACCACUGUCUGAUUUAUGUUCCUCUACUUGUUUCUUCUUCUUUCUCUUCUUUGUAUUUUAUUUCUAUAAAAACGAAUUAUUUGCAAAAGUUAGUGCACCCUCUCAUGUUAGCGUGAUACAGUCAAGCCGGAAAGUCUGCACACCCCUCACACCUUCACCUGCACUCUUGCUUCUGGACAUUUUUGCCCGUUCCUCUUGGCAUAUCCUUGCGAGCUCCGUCAGGUUGGAUGGGGAGCGUCGGUACACGGCCAUUUUCAGCUCCUUCCACAGAUUUAUUUAUUUAUUUUAUUUUAUUUAACCAGGAAAUUAAUCUAUUUAUUAAUUA